AUGAUACCAUACCAAUUAAUACCGUUUUUUUCAAGCCCGCAGGAAUAUAAAAAUAUAAUAGUAUCACUUAAUAACUUUACUCCGAGAUCCAGAAUCUCUUUUAAUGUUAUUAUAGCUUUACAUAUUAUAUUGAUGUUUCCUUUUGUUUUUAUUCUAGCAUUUUUUAGUAAUAAGAAACAUUCUACAUCCAAUAUACCAAUGAUCGUUGGUAUAAUCAUUUUAAGUACUUUAUUUAUUUCUGCCGUCGUUUUAGGUAUCAUCAAAAAUAGAUAUAUAAAAAAAGAAAUUUUAGUUUUUUAUAAAGGGUUGUCACAUAAAUAUGAAAAAAGAGGUUUACACUUUAGCUGUUCAUUAGCAAUUAUACACGAAAAUGACAAGUGUGGUAGACAUAUCACUCAAACAAAACUGACUAUAGAAUACCCCAAAAAAGAAUCUGAAAUAUCCGAAAUAAAUAAUAAUAAUAAUAAUAAUAAUAAUAAUAAUAAUAAUAAUAAUAAUAAUAAUAAUAAUAAUAAUAAUAAUAAUAAUAAUAAUAAUAAUAAUAAUAAUAAUAAUAAUAAUAAUAAUUUUAUUUACUAUUCUCAACAUCAUAUAAAAACAUUCAAUAGUAAUAAUAAUAAUAAUAAUAAUAUAAAUGAUAAAAAUAUCAUUACUUUAGAAAAAGUAGAUGAGCAUUAA